UUGACAUUGUCUACCAGUUCAUCACACAAAAAUCUAUUUAGCUAUUUAUUGUUUAAAUAAUUGGUAUUAAAAACUGAUAAAAAAUGAGUGGAAUUUUAAGAAAUACAUUGCGUCUUGUUGGUACAGCAAAAUAUGCUCCAAUAACUAAUUCAACAAAAUAUCUACGAUCUACGACGCUCACGACUAGUCGAAUUAAUUCAUCGCUAGUACUUGAACCAAAUAAUUAUGUCCGCCGGUCACAUCAUGCUCAAGCUAUCCAAAAUUCAACUGGUUCUUGGUCAACCAUACGGGCUGCUGAAAAGAAAAUAUUAUCAAUAUUUGCUAAAAAAGAAGUAAAAACAGUAAAUAUUAAUAAUAAUUUUAUGGUAUCACUUGAUAGUGGUAAAGUAAGAUUAAUAACACCAAAAAUUUUCUUUGGAAGAAAAAAUUUAAUUUUUCCUUCUACAUUCAGCAUUGAACUUAACGAUAAAUCAAUUAAACCCAAAAGCAAUAAAAUUGCUGCUGAAGAGGAAAAAACAUCAUUUAAAUUAGAUAAUUGGUAUGGAUUACUUGAUGGUGGAAAAUUAACACUAAAAUUAAAAGAUAGUAAUGAAACUUUUAUUUUGAAACACACAGUUUACGUUAAAGCUAAAAAUAACCCACCUGAAUAUUCAGAAGAUGAAGGCUUAUUAUUCGAUCCACCGAAACUUGAUUCUGAUGUUAGAAUUUAUUCCUGUAAAAUAAUAUCAAAACCAGAUGGGUUGGAACCUUUACAUCGGACUUACACACCCGUACGUGGUAAUAUCCCUUCAAAAAAAAAUGAUGGCAAAGUAACUGAUUGUCCAGAUGAGUUCGGAAAAAUGAAACUGAAAUUUCCAAUGACUGUGGUACUUGAAGGAGGUCAACAAAAAAUAAAAAUAAAAGAUACUGAUGAUAAUUUCAUUGUCUAUCAUCAAGUUGAGAUUCGAGCUUACAAAGAACCUGCUGAAACUGUAACAAAUUCCGGUUCGAACACAGAAGGAAAUAAAAUAUCAAAAAUUGGUAUACUUAAAAUGCGACUUAAUAGCGGUAAUUUAUUGAUUGAAGAAAUCGAUUCUAGUGAUCAACGGAUACUCAUCAGACAAGAAGUUGACAUUAAAAUUGACUUAGAUAGUGAAAUACCAAGUAUUCUUAUGAACCCUCAUGUAAUAAAUUAUCAAAAUUAA